AUGGGAACUAAAACUCCGCAGCAUGAACAUCGCAGAAACAAUGGCGACUCGUCCAACUCAGAUGUACCCUGUCGUGUCGGCGGCGAGCCCCGCGGCUCUCAUAUGUCCAGGGACGGAGAUGGCUGUCUCGGAGACCUGGGGGGAGGUGAUGGCGAGAGCGACGGCGAAGGCAAUGGAGAUGGUCAAGGAACCAGCCUAGGACCACCAGAGGCGCCCUUGACCACCGACGUAGGAGGUGCACAGAAGAAACGAAAGAAGCCCAAGAAGAAAAACAAGAAGAAGAAUGGGACGGCGUCUGCGCCUGUCAAGCAAUCGUCACCACCAAGAAUCUUGUUGAGCGACCUCUUCGCAGCCGGCCACUAUCCCCAGGGCGAGAUGCAGAGCUACGCCGAAUCAUGUUCCGCAGCUGCUGAAGCCCGCUACGAAGCUCGUCGGCACUGGGAAGACGAUCGGUUCCUCCAGAACUACCGGAAGGCCGCCGAGGUGCACCGGCAAACCCGACAGUGGCUACAAGAAAGCGUCAAGCCCGGACACACACUGCUGGAGGUGGCCGAAGGAAUCGAGGAUAGUGUGAGGGCGCUGCUCGGCCAUGCCGGACUGGAGCCUGGAGACAGCCUCAAGGGAGGCAUGGGUUUCCCGACGGGCCUCUGCCUCAACAAUCAAGUCGCCCACUACACACCCAACCCGGGCCAGAAGGAUGUCGUGCUCCGGCAACAAGACAUCCUCACCGUAGAUUUUGGUGUGCACAGCAACGGCUGGAUCAUCGACAGUGCCUUUACGAUGGCCUUUGACCACACGUACGACAAUCUCCUUGCAGCCGUCAAGGAUGCCACCAACACGGGGAUCAAGGUACCGAGCUCUCCUCCUCAACCGACUGCCGGUAUCGACGUGCGAAUCAGCGACGUGAGCGCCGCCAUCCAGGAGGCGAUGGAGAGCUACGAGGUUGAAAUCGGCGGCAAGACGUUCCCCGUCAAGCCAGUGCGGAAUCUCUCAGCACACGAUAUCAAGCACUACCGCAUCCAUGGAGGGAAGUCCAUCCCCUUUGUGAAGAACUCGGACCAGACCAAGAUGGAGGAGGGCGAGAUCUUCGCCAUCGAGACAUUCGGCACCACCGGGCGCGGUAUCGUGAUGGACGAUGUCGGAAUAUACGGUUACGGGCUGAACCACGACGCCCCACUGACGACAUCUCUCCCCCUGGCCUCGGCCAGACGUCUGCACAAGACGAUCCGCGAGAACUUCGGCACGCUGGUGUUCUGCCGUCGCUACCUCGAGCGACUGGGCGUGGAGAGGUACCUGGCUGGCAUGAACUCUCUCGUCUCUCACGGCAUCGUGGACGCUCAUGUGCCUCUGAUGGAUAUUCCAGGCUCGUACUCGGCGCAGUUUGAACAUACUCUCCUCCUGCGCGAGACGCAUAAAGAGAUCCUAAGCCGUGGGGAUGACUACUGA